CGUCAACUAACAAGCAACUUGAUAGCAACUGAAAUGUUUUAAAAUACGACAUAAGCUCGUUAAUUUUUCGGUUAAUAGUUCGCUAGCUUACUGACGAACAUUUCGGAGAUAUAUAAUUGUGUUGUUAGGUUAGAAUUGCCACAUUAUGGAAGUGUUACGUCCAGCUCUCAUCAAUAUAAAUGGGAGAAUGUACCGAAGGAAUAUCAUUAAGGAAGAACAUUAUGAGGAGGAAGAAGAAGACGUGUCUUACAUGGGACCACCAGAGAGUGAAGACCUUGCCGAUGAGGAAACCUGUGAUGCCAUCGUCAUUGAAGAGACUGAUAAGGGAUACCGCUGUGCUAUCGAUGUCCCAAGUGUUCUUUACAAAUACAUCAUUGGGAAAAAAGGAGAGACACGCAGACGUCUGGAGUUGGACACAAAGACGUCUAUCAAUAUCCCAAAACCAGGAGUGGAAGGACAGAUUGUUAUCACAGGCUCCCAAAAAGCUGGAGUCUCAUCUGCAGUCACACGAGUAGAGGUCCUCAUUGAGAGUUUCCGGAAGAAGCAGCCUUUCACGCAUUUCCUGUCGUUUCAUAUGAAUGAUCCCAAAAUUCAAGAAGGAUUCCUGAGCUUUAAAGACGAGGUGCUGCAGCAGUGCUCGCAGGAUCAUGGAGUAGAGGAAAACAUCUUUCAGAACCCUGCAAAACUUCACCUGACAAUCGGCACCCUGGCUCUGUUAAACGACACAGAAGUGAGAAAAGCAUGCGAACACCUCCAAGAGUGCCAAAACUUCAUCAGAGACAUCACAGAGGGAAAGCCUCUGCCGUUGGAGGUGACGGGUAUAGAGUACAUGAACGAUGACCCAGCUAUGGUGGACAUAUUGUAUGCCAAAGUCAAUGUGAAAGACAGAUCUGACAAGUUGCAGGUGAUUGCGGACCGGCUGGUAGAGCACUUUGUCUCAGCAGGGCUGAUGGUCAGAGAGUGGGACAGAGUGAAGCUGCACGCCACUGUGAUGAACACUCUGUUCAGAAAGGACUCCGCAGUUGAAGACACGGGCGGCGCCAGAAGACAAACCACGAGUGAACGAGAAGCGUUUGAUGCCAGAAACAUAUUAAAGACAUUUGGUGCUUAUCGAUUUGGAGAGUUUAAGCUGAAUUCAGUCCUGCUGUCGCAGAGAUAUUCGACCGACUGUUCGGGAUACUACACCUCAGCAGGGAGCACCACCUUCUCCUGAGCUUCAACAGGACGGAGCAGAGUCUGAGGUGACGGAUGAACAUGGCAGCAGGAUGAGGUUCAAUGUGACGGGCUGAUGAAGAAACUCUCAGUUGACUGAAUCACCGUGGGAAACAUCACAUGAUGAACAUCAGUGGACUCACUACAGAGCGUCUGCUGGAUAUUUUUGUUAUAAUCAGUCGGACCAUGGAGUUGCCUCAUUACAACAUUAUGUUUAAAUGCAGGAAUAAAUAAAUGUGUGAAGCAUCCA